CUGCCCACAGUACAAGAGCUCAAGAGCCGAUUAAUACCCAGACCAUCUGACGCACUGUAAACGCACUGGAAUAACACCAACACUCUGCUGUCAGUCAAUGUAACUUUUUGUAGCCUACAGCAUGGAGGAAUGUAGCGUCGAUUAAUCUCCCUGUCCGCCUGGUCUUUGGAAGUUGGCCGCUGUUCGUCUUUUGCUUUGAGAGUGUGAGAAAAAGGCAUUCUGGGAAUCCCAGUCACCCCUGGAUGUGGUUGAGAUUUGGAUAUCAGCAGCAAAGGAAACAUUUUCCGAUGCUGCCUCUCUACAUACAGUUGCUCAGCUCCAGUGGUAUUAUGAGUGGAUAACGGCGAGGUUGGAGGUGGUGCAUAGGUAAAGGGGUGGGGCCACUGGUGGAUGGGCAGUUUUGAGUGGGUGGAGUCAGGGAAGGUCUGUAAAAGAUGACCAGCCUUUUCCGCCGGAGUAACGGGAACAGUAACCAUGACAGCAGUACGCGGGGAGGUAGCACUACCUCGUCAGAGCUCAGUAGGAAUGCUCCAUAUCAGGUUAGAUGCUUGGAGUUUAGCCAGGCUAUGGAUGACUUUAAGACUAUGUUCCCCAGCAUGGAGCAUGAUGUUAUUGAGUGUGUGUUGAGGGCAAACAGUGGCUCUGUGGACUCCACCAUUGACCAGCUCCUGCAGAUUAGCUUGGACAGUCAAGCCACGGACGACAGCUCGGAUUCUGAUGAUAGCAUUCCUCCGGAGGUUAGUCAAGGAACCAGGAGAAAGAGUUUUUCAGAUGAGGAGCCUCCACCCAUUUACGCCCCACCCUCCUAUGACAUGCACAUCUAUGACAGAAAGCAUCCUGCAGAUGUUCCGUCCACCCCACCACCCAGGUUCGAUGAUUUUCCCCGUCCUGGGCAUCAACAGCUUAGCGGUUACAGGAACUGGAAUCCACCGUUACUAGGCAACCUCCCCGAUGACUUCCUGAGGAUCCUGCCUCAGCAGUCAGAGAGUCGUCAGCGAAGUCAGAGCAGUCUGUCUCAGCCUUCCUCCUCCUCUUCCUCCCUGUCUUCCCUGACACAGCUUUCGUCCAGCAGUGGUGUUCUGUCAGGUGGUGUUUGGUCCUCUGAACAGGACAGCAAGUUGAAGCAGUAUUUGGAAGAUGAGCGAAUUGCUCUUUUCCUGCAGAAUCAGGAGUUCAUGAAAGAACUUCAGCGUAACAGAGACUUCCUCAUUGCUCUCGAGAUAGAUCGUCAGAGGUGCGAGAAAACACAGUGCGGUCAUUCAUCCACUUGCACAGAGAACUCCACUGAAGGUGAUAACUGUGGCUCAGGUUCUGAGGAGGCCUGUUCUUAUGUCUCUGAUGAUGCCUUGUUCCUGGAGAAACUCAAGCACAUGGGCAAAUCUACAAGGAAGAAGCUUUUUGAGAUUGCUAGAUCAUUUUCUGAGAAGACCAGAAGGAAGAAGUCAAAAAAGAGAACUCUGCCAAAACACCAUUCUCUGUGCGCUGCCACAUCCACUGUCAAUCUACUGGAUGAUAUAGGGCUGCCACCAGCGGAGGAAGGCUGCCAACUCAACAGGCUCUCAGGAAGAGAGAAGGGAGAGGUGUCAAAUAAGAAAGUGAUAUCGUGAUGGACGGAUCCUGGUCGGGCCAGCCAGAGACAACACAUUUCUGAAAACUACUUUAACCACCAAGAUUUUACUUAUAAAUUAUAUUUAUUUUAUAGAUUAUACAUUUUUUCCUGCAAUGCUUAAGUGACAUUUGAAUCAUGAAAUCAUCAUAGAUCCACUAUUGUUGGUAAUAUUCAGAUUCCACUGGCUCUGAUUUAGUUUCUUACUGCCAUGCAGUGUCGCAGAUCAGGUAGUGUGCUAAGACGACUGCCGUGUUGUGUCAGUGUUCAUGAUGUGCUGGGACUCAGGACUUAGAACAUCCACAAGCACAAAACCUUACUGCUUACUGACAAGAAGAUCUGUGUUUAUAUCUCAGGAGAAUUCAAAUGGCCUGAAAGUCUCUGUAUCAUGUACAGUUCUGCUCAUACUUAUAGAUAAUUGCUUUUUCCAUUCUUAAAGAUAUUUUCAAUGGAACUUGUGAUCUUAUUUGAUAGAUAAUAUUACUUUGAUUCAUUUCUGGGUGAUUUAUUAAAUAUAAGUAUCAGGUUUAGUUGGUAUGCGGUUUUCAACCUACUCACAAUGUAAAAAGGCAUUUUGAAAAUUAAGUACAAGGUUUUUUGAAAAUUCAACCUUCCUUUCUGAAAUAAACAUUAAUGAAAGAUAUUUUGAUUCUUAGUGUGAGUAAGAUCUCUCUGGUUGUGUGUAUUUACACCAAGAUAGCAAUUAUUAAGUUUGUAAUGUUAAAAUUGUAAUUCUCACAAUUUAAGGCUAAUAGCUCACUGUAAAUCAGCAAGAUUGGUAUUGAUUUUCAGGGGAAUCAUUUUGU